AUGAAAAAAAAAAAGAUGGAAGAGUCAUUACCCAGAGCAGGAAAAUGUGACUGUGAUGUCCUCUUGCUACCCUUUGCUGGGUCCCAGGAGGAGGAUACCUUGCUGGCUGUGAUCACCUAUGUGGGGCUGGGCCUCUCUCUGCUGUGCCUCCUCCUGGCAGCCCUCACCUUCCUGCUGUGCAAAGCCAUCCAGAACACCAGCACCUCGCUCCACCUGCAGCUCUCAAUCUGCCUCUUCCUGGCCCACCUGCUCUUCCUCACGGCCAUCGACCGGACCGAGAUCAAGGUGCUGUGUGCCAUCAUCGCGGGUGCCUUGCACUACCUCUACCUGGCCUCCUUCACCUGGAUGCUGCUGGAGGGUCUGAACCUCUUCCUCACUGCACGGAACCUGACGGUGGUCAACUACUCCAGCGCGAGCAGGGUCAUGAAGAAGCUCAUGUUCCCCGUGGGCUAUGGAGCCCCGGCUAUAAUUGUGGCCAUUUCUGCGGCAUCCAGGCCUCACCUUUAUGGAACACCCACCCGGUAAAUGCAAAUUCCCUGCAUGAG